CCAUUAACUGGAGAGCCAGGUUCGAAAGAACCACCCGCCACACCAGUUGGUCGCGACGAAUUGGCUCUACGCAGACAUCGUUUCUUUUCGGACCUCGUCUGCGCCGCACGCGCAGCGGUCGAACAUCGUGUUCGUUUUGAUCCACUUGGACCCAUAGUUGCAGAUCCAGCAGUGAGCGAGUUCGAGCCGACAGCUGCGAACCAGAGCCCCGCAGCGGAGUUCGAAGCCCUCAUCGAACGGUUGGAGCGAGUGACGUCACGACUCGAACGCCUGCCGCUGCUGCGCUCGCGCUCUAACUCCCCGCAACCGCCCUCACCUGCGCCCACCCCUGUGUCUGCACCUUCUCCGCCACCUUUCGACAUACCCGACGAUUCCCUAUCAGACGACAUGAGUGUCAACGGAUACCAAAACAUUUUGCAAGGUCCCUUACAGACUUAUCUGGAACUCUCCCAGCAAAUCGGCGGAGAUGUCGCAACACAAGCGAAACUCGUCAACGCAGCAUUCCAGGCACAGUUCCGCUACAUCCAGCUUGCGGCAACGCGUAGCAAGCCGUCACAGGCCGAAGAGAUGCAGUUACUGGCGCCCACCAGCGAACAGAUCUCUGCCAUCCAGCAGUUCCGUGAAAAGAACCGCGCGUCAACUUUCUUCAACCAUCUCUCUGCGAUAUCGGAGAGCAUCCCAGCUUUAGGGUGGGUGGCUGUUGCUCCCACACCGGCACCGUACGUGAAAGAAAUGAACGACGCUGGCCAGUUCUACUCCAACCGUGUGCUUAAAGAUUGGAAGGAGAAAGACAAGAAGCACGGAGAAUGGUGCCGCGCUUGGGUGCAACUUCUUUCUGACUUGCAAGCUUACGUGAAACAGUACCACACCACUGGCCUUGUUUGGUCCGGUAAGGGUGCGGGCGCUCCUCCACCACCACCGCCGGGCGGUAUGCCACCACCACCGCCUGUGCUACCCGAUGUCGACUUCUCUAACAUGUCUCUCGAUGACCGCAGCGCCCUAUUCGCGGAAAUCAACCAGGGCGAAUGCAUCACAAGCAGUUUGCGCAAGGUGACGCCAGAUAUGCAGACGCACAAGAACCCACAUCUGCGGCAGGGGCCAGCGCCGUUCAAGGCGGCGGGCGGAACCGGGCCCGCCAAGCCGCUGCCGCAACCCGGUGCUGGCGCCUUCACCGAUAAGCCUCCGGUCUUCGCGCGCGACGGCAAGAAGUGGCUCAUAGAAUACCAAAAGGGCAACGCGAAUCUGGUGGUAGAAAACGCAGACAUGAACAACGUGGUGUACAUGUUCCGCUGCCGUGACUCUGCUCUGACGGUCAAAGGCAAAGUGAACGGCGUCGUGCUCGACUCGUGCACCAAGUGCGCAGUCGUCUUCGACAACCUCGUCUCCAGCAUUGAGUUCGUCAACUGCCAGUCUGUGCAAAUGCAGGUUCUGGGCAAGGUGCCGACGGUGUCGAUCGACAAGACGGACGGCUGUCAAAUCUAUCUGUCGCCAGAGUCGCUCAACGUCGAGAUAGUCAGCUCCAAGUCCUCGGAGAUGAACGUCCUCGUGCCAAAAGGCAAUGGAGAUUAUGCGGAGCACCCGAUCCCGGAGCAGUUUAAGACGGUGCUGAACAAUCGUGGCGCUGGGCUGACCACGACGCCCGUCGAGAGUACGGGCUAAGUUGCCCCGACCUCCCCGGGAACAUAUAGCUUAUUUAUUUUCGUCAUUUAUCCUUAGUGUUACGUCACUACUUCGAUGCAAGUGUUAUUAUUAAGUAUGUCUCUGCAACAGCCAAAUUUGAUUAUUUUCAAUUAACGAUCCAUUAUAAAAAUUAAAUCAUAUUGUUGUUAAAGCAUUGUCAAAUUCAUUGUUUAAUAUUUUCGUUCAGUAUCUUAAUAAUUUCAUUUGGUAUUUCUUUCUUGAUCUGUUUUACAUCGGUGAAGAAGUAGUAACGUAGCAUUAGGAACUGUUGUUUAGCAAAGAGGCGUUUUUUAAAUAAAUUAAUAUAUUUUGCACAGUCUAGUACAACUUAGUUCACUUACGCGUCCCGCCUCAGUAACUUAAUUUCAAAAGUAAGGGCACAAAGAUCAUUCGUAUCGUAUAAUAUCUCUAAAAUCGUUCUCGGGCUCCUAAUGUUUACUCGUCCAAUUUUACUCUUAUUUUUAUCAUCUUAAGAGUUAUAAUAAUUUCUUGCUCAUUUUGCUCGAUCCUAGUAUUCAUAGAUUUAAAUAAUAAUAUGACGUAGACAUAACUCAAGUAUUUACUGGCCUUUAUAAUGUGUAAAAAAGUUUCUUAAUUUGUAAUUUGAGAUUUUAAUUUUGACAUUGAGCAGGAAAUAAAAGCUCGGAGUACCUUAUGGUACGGGAAGUAGAUAAGUUAGCUGUUAAGCGUGUGACUGCCUCGGUUUGAUUAUAAGAAUGGUUUGCAUUCUCGACUUUUGCUAUUUUAAAUUAAUGAAGAGUGAUUAUAAAACCCCGAUUAUUCUAGAGGCAUUUUAUACCUCUCCAAAAUAUUUUUCAAAUUUUAAUAAUUUAUUUAUUGUAAUUUUAAUUUAAUUACGUGUAUUUGUUUGUAUCCUCAGUAUAUUUUUUGUAUUCCAUUAAUAAUUUAAUUAAUAUUGUGACAUCUUGCUUAAGAAUAAAUUGUAAUUAUUUAAUAUGCCAUGAUUAUUUAGAAGAAGAUUAUUGUAUUACAAAUUGCAUUUCUGUU